AUGGAAGUUCAGGGACUGGGGCAAAUAGAGGCUGAAUCCCAGGGACAGAGCAAAGAUACUUCAAGUGGGGCAGGAGCCCAAGGGCUGAGGGGAGAAAUAUCAGAUAAAAAUGAUAUUGCGGGAGCAAAAGCAGUUGAAAGUGAAGGAUGUGUUCCUAUAGAGACCUUGGAGACUGAUCCAAGGAUUUGGGCAGGAGAGCCCUUAGUAGAAGAAACUAGUGGGUCAUCUUAUAUUUCAAUCAAUAUUGAGGCAGGUGGGAUAAAGAAAGGUACCAAGAAAAAGAAUUCUGGAGACAGGAGCAAAAAGCAAAUUAAUAAGAAAAGUGGGCAAAAGUCCAAGGUUGAAGAUAGGUUUAAAGAGAUUUCCAUCUAUUUUUCUAAAGAGCAGUGGGCUGAAAUGGGAGAAUGGGAGAAAUUACGUUAUAAGAACAUGAAACAUAAUUAUGACUUUAUGAUUCAAUUAGGUCUUCCUACUCCUAAACCAGCAUUUAUGUAUUGUGCACGGCAGCCUUUAAAAACAGCAAAUGAAUCCUCUGAAUCGGAUGAGGAAUGGACACCAUCACUUAUAGAUUUCCAAACAAAAGCUGUGCCUGAAAAGAAAAAGGAAAGGAAAAAAGAACAGAACAAGGAAAUUAGGAUUUACAGAUUACGGAAAAGAGAUAGAAAAGCAUACAUGGAAAUCAAUGAACCAAAUGAUGAUGACUACUUGUUUUGUGAAUAUUGCCUGACUUUCUUUGUUGAUGAGUGUUCUGUUCAUGGCCCUCCACUUUUCAUCAGAGACACAGCAGCUGAACUAGGAAUGGCAAAUAGAGCCACCUGCACUUUACCUUCAGGUUUUAGAAUUGGUCUUUCAAGUAUCCCCAGAGCUGGUUUUGGAGUCUGGAAUGAAAGGGAAACAUUGACUCCAGGAAUUCAUUUUGGACCAUAUGAAGGGACAAGGACAGAGGAAGAAGCGGCAGCAAACAGUGGCUAUUCCUGGCUGAUUACCAGAGAGCAGAAUUGUUACAUUUACGUUGAUGGAAAAAAUGAAACUAAUUCCAACUGGAUGAGGUAUGUUAACUGUGCCAGGAAUGAAGAAGAACAGAAUCUUGUUGCUUUCCAGUAUCAUGGGGAAAUAUACUACAGAACAUGUAAAGAAAUUCAACCUCAUUCUGAGCUCUUGGUUUGGUAUGGAGAAGAAUAUGGAAAGGAACUUGGUAUCAAAUGGGGAUCUAAAUGGAAAUCGCUAAACGGUAUAUUGCUAGAUGAUUUGUUGCUUAAAUUAAUAAUGAUAGCUUUAGACAAGAGGACCCCAAAUUUAUCCUUUUUUGCCACUAAUUUUAUUUUUUCUUUGCAAAUAGUUCACAAGCAGAAUUCAUACUUGGUGAAGAAGCAACAAAUAGUUUGCCAUCAGUGUCCCAGUUGUGAGACAGCAUUUACUUGCAAAGAUUAUCUCAUCCGCCACAUGAAAUGGAAGCAUUCUGGAUUUAUAAUACUUGCUGAAGAAAAAAUACUGACAGAAAAAUCAUUACCCAAAAUAAGAAGUUAUGCUUCCUGCCAAGUUAUGGUGCAAUAUAGAAUACUAAGCAACAUGAACAAAGGUAAAGAUGGUGAAAUGCUUUUUUUGAAAGAUAGAAAUGAAGAAGCAGAGAAUAAAAAUCAUAAAAACAAUGGAAUAAAACAUUUUCAGUUGGUUACUCACUAUCAGAAACAUAGAGGAAAGCCAUAUUUAUGUAAAGAACGUGUAAAAAAGGUUGAUGGAUCAUUACUAUGUCUGAUCAGACAGAAGGGGGGGCAUAUAGGGAAGAGGUUUUAUUCAUGCAGAAAAUAUGGGCUAGGUUUAAGCCAAUCACCAGGACUAUCCACUUGGAAGAAAACACAUGUAAGAGACGAGCCAUACUCAUGUAGAGAGUGUGGGAAAAGCUUUAGCCGAUCAGCAACCCUGACCAUUCACAUGCGGACGCACACAGGAGAGAGGCCGUAUUCAUGUAGGGAGUGUGAGAAAAGCUUCAUUGACUCAUCAACACUGGCCAUUCACAUGCGGACGCACACAGGAGAGAGGCCGUAUUCAUGUAGGGAGUGUGAGAAAAGCUUCACUAACUCAUCAAUACUGGCCACUCACAUGCGGACGCACACAGGAGAGAGGCCGUAUUCAUGUAGGGAGUGUGAGAAAAGCUUCACUGACUCAUCAACACUGGCCACUCACAUGCGGACGCACACAGGAGAGAGGCCGUAUUCAUGUAGGGAGUGUGAGAAAAGCUUCACUGACUCAUCAACACUGGCCACUCACAUGGAGACACACACAGGAGAGAGGCCAUAUUCAUGUAGGGAGUGUGAGAAAAGCUUCACUGACUCAUCAACACUGGCCACUCACAUGCGGACGCAUACAGGAGAGAGGCCGUAUUCAUGUAGGGAGUGUGGGAAAAGCUUUAGCCGAUCAUCAGCCCUGAUCAAUCACAUGCGGACACACACAGGAGAGAGGCCGUAUUCAUGUAGAGAGUGUGGGAAAAGCUUUAGCCGAUCAUCAACCCUGACCACUCACAUGCGGUCGCACACAGGAGAGAGGCCGUAUUCAUGUAGGGGGUGUGGGAAAAGCUUUAGCCAAUCAGCAAACCUGACCACUCACAUGCGGUCGCACACAGGAGAGAGGCCGUAUUCAUGUAGGGGGUGUGGGAAAAGCUUUAGCCAAUCAGCAAACCUGACCACUCACAUGCGGUCGCACACAGGAGAGAGGCCGUAUUCAUGUAGGGAGUGUGGGAAAAGCUUUAGCCAAUCAGCACACCUGACCACUCACAUGCGGACACACACAGGAGAGAGGCCAUAUUCAUGUAGGAGUGUGGGAAAAGCUUCAGUGUCUCAUCAGUAAUGCUUCUUGUGGUGCCCAGUAUUCAUCAAGCUUGUCAUAGGCCAACUGUCUAGUAGUGUGGCUAAAUAUAUAAACAUAAAUUAUGAAAUAUUUUUUGAUACGAGUA